CUCGAGGAAAGGCACAUGGAGGUCGACUGAAGAAAAAUACGAAACACUUCAUCAACAAAGAUACAGCAUGCCGGCGUAUUUUCAGAAGCCGGAGAACGCUUUGAAAAGGGCAAACGAGUUUAUUGAAGUUGGCAAGAAGGAAGAAGCUCUUGCUGCAUUGCGUGAUGUCAUUAAAAGCAAGAAACAUCGCACUUUGCAAAAGAUCCAUGAACCGAUCCUUCGCAAGUACCUAGAGCUGUGCGUCGACCUGCGUCAGAGCCAUGAAGCCAAGGAGGGGAUGUACCAAUACAAGCUCAUCUCCCAACAAGUCAAUGUUGCUUCUCUGGAAGAUGUCGUCCGAUAUUUUCUCACCCUGAGCGAGAAAAAGGCGGAGGCAGCGCAGGAGGAAUCUCGGGAGAAGGUGGAUGUUGAGGAUCUUGAAGAAAUACAGACACCUGAGAGUAUAUUGUUGAGCUUUGUUAGCGGGGAAGUGAGUCAAGAUCGUGUUGACAGAUUGAUGGUUACUCCGUGGGUGAAAUUUCUAUGGGAAGCCUAUCGCAACGUGCUGGAGUUGUUGAGGAACAACGCUCGUGUUGAGAAGUUGUAUCAUGAGGUAGCACAACAAGCAUUUAAAUUCUGUCUAAAGUAUACGAGGAGAACUGAGUUUCGUAAACUGUGCGAUAAUCUACGAAAUCAUCUCCAGUUGAUCAUCAGACAUCAAGGGCAAACUAAUGCUGUGAACCUGAGCAAUGCGGACAGCAUUCAAAUGCAUUUGGAGACAAGGCUUGCCCAACUAGACAGUGCUAUUGCUAUGGAAUUAUGGCAGGAAGCAUUCAAAGCAGUUGAAGAUAUCUACAAUUUGAUGCAACUUGCAAAGAAGACACCAAAGCCACAACUGCUUGCAAACUACUAUCAAAAGACAGCAUUGGUUUUCUGGAAAUCUCGAAACUAUCUCUAUCAUGCUGCUGCUUUGCAACGGUUGUUUGUGCUGUGCAGGGAACAGAAGAAGACAAUAACACCUGAAGAACAACAAAAAAUGGCAUCUCGUCUUCUCGUUGCUGUUCUUUCAAUUCCAUUGCCCUUGCCUCAAACGGAAUCCGACAAAUACUUGAUGUUUGACGAAGUUGCUCGUGAGAAAUCUCGCCGUCUGGCCACACUUUUGAGCUUGCCAACUGUGCCUACUCGAAAGAAACUUGUUGGAGAUUUGAUAAAGUUGAAUGUUCUUGACUACGCUAUGCCAGAAAUCAAGAAUUUGUACCAAUGGCUUGAAGUUGAUUUUAAUCCAUUGGAACUGUGCAAAGAUGUCGAAGGCGUUACAAAUAUUUUGAGCGAAAAUGAAGAGCUUAGCACUUAUGUUAAACCACUUCAGGAUAUCACCAUUGUUAAACUUCUCAACCAGGUUUCGCAAGUGUAUCAGACUAUCUCGAUUCCAAAGUUGCUGGAGUUAGCCUCAUUUACGGAUGUUUUCAACUUGGAGAAAGUUGUUGUUGAGGCUGCAAAACGAAACAAUUUACAGGUUCUUAUCGAUCAUCGCUCGAAUUCGAUCAGUUUCCGUUCAGAUCUCAGCGUUGACCAAAAGGAAGAGGUCAUGGACGGGCCAUAUUUUCAGUCGCUGUCUUCAGAAAAAAUACGAAGUCAGUUGAUUGUAAUGUCUCAGGCCCUUCACAAAGCUAUUCAAAUCUUGCAACCGCCAGAAAUAGUGAUGGAGCGUGCAAAGACCUUGGAAGAUGCUAUGGCCGCGUACGAACAGACAGCGAAACGAGAGCACCAAGAUAUGUUGAAACGAAAGCAAAUGAUUGAAAAACGAAAGGAGCAUUUGGAAAACUUAAACAUCAAGAAGGAAAAAGAGGAACAAGCUGAACGCGACAAGCAACGGGACAAGGCGCAGGCUGCCGAACGCCAACGACUCGAAGCCGAAGCGACUAUGAGGGAGGAAAAGCGAAAACAACGAGAGCUUCAGGAAAUUGAAAAGAAACAAGCAAUGGAGAAGAUUAUGGCUUUGAAGAAAACUACUGUUGGUGCCCGAGCUUUGAAGAAUUUGACAGAACAGGAAAUAGAAGAAAUGGAUGCCGACGAUAUCAUGGCUCGCCAGGUUGAGCAACUGGACAGGGAGAAGAAGGAAACUCAGCAUAAAUUGCGACUUCAAGAGAAGAGAGUUGAUCAUUUCGAGAGAGCGAAAAGGCUGGAGGAAAUACCUUUGUUGGUGAAGCAAUACGAAGAGUUUGUUGUGGCGGAUAAGGAGUUCUGGGAUGAAGAACAAGAGAACACGAUAAAAAAUGCGAUUCGUGAGCGGGAAAAAGCGAUGGAAAUGAAGAAUCGUUUGUUGAGAAUCCUGGACGACCGAGAUGCAUUCCUUGAAAAGUUGGCUGAAAGCCGAAAGAAAGCUCACGAGGCUAAGAACGAGAAAUUCGAGGAAGAGUUGAACAAUAUUCGCAAAGAACGCCUGAACAAUCGUAGGUUGGAUCGAAUCCGUGAGAGGAAAGUCAAAUAUCAACGAGAGAAAGAGGAGGCGAAGCGAAAGGCCGAAGAGGAACGAUUACGCAAAGAGCGAGAAGAGAAGGAGCGGAUUGCUCGCGAGGAGAAUGAACGAAAAGAGGCCGAGGAGAGAGAAAGGAAAGCGAAACUGGAUGAAAUUGAACGAAAGAAACGAGAGAAAGAGAUGGAAAUUGAACGAAGAGAAGAAGAGGCCAGGAAGGAAAAAGAGCGGGAAAUGAAAGUUGGGCGAGAUGAAUCGGAGGGUGGUUCGUGGCGUCCCCCCGGUCAAGAUGGUGGUGAUCGCGCGUGGCGCCGUGGAGAUCGCGAGAUGGAUCGAGAUCGCCCGGGCUGGGGUCGUGAUGAUCGCGAGGGUGGUCGUGCGUGGGGCCGUGAUGACCGUGGCGACCGCGGUGGUGCUUGGGGUUCACGUGACCAGGAUCGUGAUCGAGACCGCUUUGCACGUGAUCGGGACAUGGAUAGGGACCGCGAUGGAGGUCGUCCAGCGUGGGGAAGGGACCGUGACCAAGGGCGUCCUUGGGGUCGUGAUCAAGAUCGUGACCGUGGGGGAUGGGGUCGUGACCGGGAUCAAGACCGUGGAGGAUGGGGUCGUGACCAAGACCGGGGUGGACCACGUGGCGGCGGGUACGACCGGGGGGAUGAUCGUGACCGCCCGGCAUGGGGUCGGGAUCGUGAUCGCGACGGAGGUGACCGUGGCUCAGGACCUCGUGAUGGACCACCACCCAGAGGCGGUGGGUUUAGAGAUGACGGUGACAGUUCCUGGCGUGGCAGCAGAGGUCCCCCUAGAGAUGAUCGUGGCCCACCUCCCCGUGCAGGUGGUGACCGUUACUCAGAUGACCGAGGACCCCCACGGCGUCCAGACGAUAGAGAGGGUGGAGGAAGAUGGAGGAACAGAGAUGAUGAAAGAGAUCCUGGACCAUGGCGGCGUGAUGGACCUUCUGCUGGACGCUCUGAAGGUCGUUCAUGGUCGGCGGCUCGUAAAGGGGGCAGCGGUGUCACUAGUAGCGGCGAACGUGACCGGAAGCCUGAGGGGGAUGGUAGCGAUGGCUGGACCACAGUCGGGGGUCGUUAGGGACAUAUAGGUACAUACGAAUCUUUUUGCUCAAAUUUGCUGUUCGUCAAAACUGAAUCUUAGAAAAUACUAUGUUACGGGGAGAACUAAUAAAGAGCAUGAAUCCAUAUUCUUAAGUAUCAUUCUUUGAUAAAAGACUUUGAUUCAAAAGUCUUUUUAAAAUAUUUGAAAUGAAAGAUUAUCAAAUUGAAAAUUUAACUUCUAAUAAAAGGAAU